AUGCACCUCAUCAUCCGCAACAUCCCCUUCGGGUACUCGGUGAGCGCGAUCCGUCAGCUGCUGACGACGAGCCGCACGCAGGACGCGCGGAAGUGGGUGUUUGACAUUCGCGUCUUUCACAAGACCUACGAUCCCUACGAGGAAAUCUCACAGCCCCAGAUGAUGGGGAUUCCCGUCGCGGAAAUUGACGAUCCCUUCUUCGACAACAUCCCUGCGGUGCUCUCGUUGGAAGAGGCCCAGCUGCCGGUGAUCAUCAACUUGUCAUGCCACUCGUGCGACAUUUGCACGAGUAAUCACCGGACGCGCGACCACCAGUGGUUUGCGAUGACGCGCCGCAAGAACCUUCCCAACCGCUACACGAUCACGGUCGUUCAACUGCAGAAUCUUAAUGGUACACUUCCUGGUGUUUUUGCCAUGUUGCACACGAGUUCCACUCCACUUGCUCGCAUGCAUCACAAUGUUGUUCACGUGUCACAUGCUGCCCCCCACUUCAUGCCCUAUCGCCUUGAGAUAUGCUACCCCCUUAACGCCCCUCUUGCUUGUGCUUUCAUUCGUUAUGUACUUCUGCCCAUCGGCCAGUCCCCAACACUAUACCCCUACCCCUGGUCUCCCGGCUCACUUGCCACUAUUGUGGAGGGGCCCUUUCUGCCAAAUUUCCUUCUCCCCUCUCUGUGUUGCACGCUCCGCACACGUUUUUCUUCAGCCAAGCUGCUCGGACAAACGCCGGUGCCGCUGGUAGUCAAGGCCGAUCCUGGAAUCUUGUACAUCGGCUCCGAGGACAAUGUGGAACUCUGGACGUGUGCAAUCUGCGACUUCGAGUGUGGGCCUGCUCUCGAUAGUGCCUUCACCCACAUUCGUUCCCCCGAACACGGGCUUCGGCUCAUGCAGACGGAAUCUCAGACUACUGCCCUGGAAACCUGGGGUCCUAUGAAAGCACACGAUCUCGAGCAGCGCGAGGAGAUCUCCUCAUUCCUUGCCUCACUAAUAUAG